UAGGAAUUUGAUCCGGUUUAACUGAAACCGAAAACGGUGCGUUUAAAGUCACCAAGACGAAGAAAAAGGGUUUUAGUUUUUGUGAGGGGAGAGAGACUGAGAGGUUAUCAUGGUGGCGCGUCGUAACAAACCAAAAGCGCCGCUGGUGAAACACCGAUUUUCCGGCGGCGACAGUCACAAACCAAAACCACCACCGGCUACUAAACAACCAUUUUCCGGCGUCGAGAGCCACAAACCAAAAACAUCACCAGCUACAAAGCAAAAGUUUUCCGGCGUCGAGAGUCACAAACCAAAAACGCCGCCGGGAAAACAACGAUUUUCCGGCGCCGAGAGUCGCAAACCAAAAACACCACCAGCUACUAAGCAAAAGUUUUCCAGCUUAGAGAGAUCAGCUCUCUACGCCAGAAGAGAAGCAGCUAAUAUACUCCGUACCGUUCUCCGUGGUGACGCCGAGCGACGAGCCGUUGCUUCCAUCAAAUCACUCGUCUUAAGUCCUUCCGUUCGCAACAAACGCGGCACUUUCGCUCUUGUCUGCGAGACUCUCAAAUAUCUUACUGUGAUUAAAGAUGUUCUUGAUAUAGCUAAUGUAUUGAAUAGUAAAUGGAAGAGGCAAGAGCCAUUGGUCUUCAUCGUUUGCUACGAUAUCCUCUUUGGCAAGGAUACUCCAUCAAUUGGUGAUGCAGAGAAGUUUCUUAUGCGGCAUAAAGAGGCGUUAUUGUCAGGUUUAGCUACGCUUUUAGUGAGGAAGAAAGUCGAUAGUGUUGAUCAGUUGUUGGGUUCUAAGCUUACUGGUCAUUUGAAACCACGGUAUGUUCGUGUUAAUACGCUUAAGAUGGAUGUGGAUUCUGCAGUGCAGGAGCUGGAGAAGCAUUACACGGUGCAGAAGGACGAGACAGUUCCUGACUUGUUGGUGUUGCCCCCUGGCAGCGAUUUGCAUGCUCAUCGUUUGGUUGCGAAUGGACGUAUAUUUUUGCAGGGGAAAGCAAGUUCAAUGGUAGCAGCAGCACUGCAGCCACAAGCAGGAUGGGAGGUUCUUGAUGCCUGUUCAGCUCCAGGAAACAAAACUAUUCAUCUUGCUGCUCUUAUGGAAGGACAAGGAAAAAUCAUAGCAUGUGAGCUAAAUGAAGAACGAGUUAAGCGUUUGGAACAUACUAUAAAGCUCUCUGGUGCCUCCAAUAUCGAAGUCUGUCAUGGUGAUUUUUUGGGCCUAAAUCCGAAAGAUCCUUCUUUUGCGAAGAUUCGGGCUAUAUUGUUGGAUCCUUCUUGCUCUGGCUCUGGCACGAUUACAGAUCGUUUGGACCAUCUCCUUCCUUCUCAUUCAGAAGAUAAUAACAUGAACUAUGACUCCAUGAGACUGCACAAGCUCGCUGUUUUCCAGAAAAAGGCUCUUGCCCAUGCACUCUCCUUUCCAAAGGUUGAGAGAGUCGUAUACAGCACAUGCUCCAUCUACCAAAUAGAAAACGAAGAUGUCGUCUCCUCUGUUUUACCUCUGGCAUCAUCCUUGGGCUUCAAACUUGCUACCCCCUUUCCUCAGUGGCAGCGUCGUGGUCUCCCUGUAUUUGCAGGAUCUGAACAUCUACUUAGGAUGGAUCCGGUGGAGGACAAAGAAGGGUUCUUCAUCGCUUUAUUCGUCAGGGCAAACAAACUCGAUAACCCAAAAUCGUCUGAACUUCCCGAUAGAGUGUGUAGACGAAGACCCAAAGAAAGAACCAUGCAGUUACAUCCCUAUCUUUGUCCCAAAAUGUUCAGAGCUUGGAGUGGGACCUUGCACAGGCUCAAGACUAGGUUCCUGUUAUCACGUAAUGGUUGUUGAAUUUUCAAUUUUGUUUAUGCCUUUGAUCUUCAUGUUGUCGUCAAAAUUUUGCAACAAAGGCAUGAAAGGAACAUCGUAAGGUAAAAUCAGAACCUCUUUAACUUUUUAUCACAUUACAAAUUGCAGUACACAACAUUAUGGUUUUUUCAUCAAAACAGAACACACAAAGAGAGAUAAUAAGCUCAAGCGACUUGAGCCUGAAUGGUUUUUGGUUUCUUAGGCUCGGGAGAAGGAAGCUUCUCAACGGUCACCCCUCAACAUAUUGUCUAUGUUCGGUGCUCAUUACUUCGGUAAAUUUAACUUCCUCACUAUCUCCCACAUCCUCUCAGUCCACACGUUCUCCUCUUAGCUUCCCUCUGCUUCUCUCCGCUCACCAUAAGCACCUUCUCAUUCUCAAUCUCUACUCUGACAUCUUCUCCUUCAAACUCUGGCAUACCCACCACAAAAGUGUAGGCGCUCGGGUACUUAUAACAUAGGCAUUGCUGACAUAUGCUCUUGAGGGAUUGCUGCGGUCUGCCUUUUCAUGUUCCUCCGGGAAUUCGUUCUAGUAUGUCUUCGAGGAAAAUGGUGGUGUUGAGCCUAACCUGUCCACACCAAGAUAUAUUCGUUGUUUGCCUUUCUGUUAUGUCUUUAGUCCUAAAAUGAUAUGUUGUAUUGUAUCUGUGCGUUAGGUCUUUGAAGUUUAUAUAGAUUGAUUAGGAAAUGCUUUGUAUUCGUAACGUAUGUUCCCUUGCAGGUACAUAAACGACGAAGCGUGGAAGAUUUGUGUCCUAUGAAUGGUCUGAAACAGUAUUUGCGAUAUCUGGUUAAUCUUUUUACAAAAAAUGUCUGAAUGGUGAAAAAUAAGCAUUGGAUCAUAGAGAUUGUACAUUUGAUAUAUAUAAAAAUAAAGGCAAUUAUUAAGCAUA